AUGAAGGAAGUGAACUCAUAUGUUUUGCCAGAUGUUCAAACAUCUUUGGCAAAAGAAGCUAGCCCAAACAAUGAUUCUAGUGAAAAAGCUGAGGAAAGUGUUCCUGAACAUGUUGCUCUUGAAAGAAGGAGUAAGAAGAAGGUUGAUGAGUGUGUCCCUGUGCAUGUUGCUCAUGAGAGAAUAAAUAAAAAGAAAGUUGAUCAUGUUGUCAAUAUUGAUGAACUAACUUCUGAUGAAGAACCUCUUGCCAAUAUUGUAACUCGUGGCAUAGCCAAGAGAAUGCAGAGACGAAAAGGAAAUGCAAUGGUGUUUAAUGAUUCUCCCUCCAAGGAGAUGAAAGGAAAAUCUGGUGGUUUGAAAAGUAAUCCCUCUAAAAGAUCCAUAGGAAAAUCUCAUGUUGGUCCUACUAGAUCAUGCAAUAAAGUUAUUACCCCUACUAGAAAUAGGAAAGAUGUAUCUUCUAGUGAUUAUGAGUUUGAUAUCAAAAAAGAUGUCCAAGACAUCACGCUUAAUGCUGAAAGAUGGAAGUAUGUUAUUCAAAAGAGGGUAGCUAUGGAGAGGGAAUCGGCUAAGGAUUCCCUAAAAUGUAAGAAGGUCGCAGAACUUAUAGAAGCUGUUGGGUUGAUGAAGACUGUCACAAAAUUUGGCCCUUGCUAUGAAAUCCUAGUCAAGGAGUUUAUGGUGACUAUUCCUGAUGGGUGUGAUGAUGUGAUAAGUGUUAAUUAUAGGAAGGUGUAUGUUAAAGGAAAUGUUGUGACAUUUUCUCUAGCUGUGAUCAAUAAAUUUUUGGGAAGAAAAGAAGAACCUCAGGCUGAGCUAGAGGUUACAGAUGACCAGGUGUGCAAGGAGAUAACUGCCAAGCAGGUGCCCACUAAUCAAACCUCAACCAUCUCGACUGGUCUUGGGAAUUUUAUUUAUGAUAUUGGGACAAAAAGAGCAUUUGACUUUGGGAAAUACAUCUUUGAACAAGUUUUGAAACAAGCCUUCUCUACUGUUGUGAAAAUGCCUAUAUGCUUUCCAUCUCUCAUCUAUGGAAUAAUCCUAAAGCAAUAUCCUGGUAUUUUACUGCCUAUUGAUAGUGUGAAGAAAAGGGAUUCUCCUUUAUCAAUCCACUACAAACUUUUUGCUGGAACACAUGUCCCAGAUAUUGUCAUGACAUCUUCUAAGAAGAAGGAAGCUGAACAUGGUGGUGAUGACAAUGAAGGAACUGAUGUUCAGGACUAUGCUGGUGGGGAUGAUGCUGAAACCGAUGAAGAGAAAGAAGUUGAAGGAGAAGAGUAUGCAACUGCUGACUCAGAUAGUCAGGAAGAUAUCUGA